GCGCGUUUUGUGCGUUUUUCGCGGCUUGGUUGGAGUCUGUGGCGGAAUGCCGCAGAAUCUGCUGACCGCGCUAAACAGCGCCUGAAGCGAACCGGUACGAGCCGAGCUGCCGAGAGCGAGAAAGCGAAUGGAUCGUGCGGUGUUGCGUGCAUGCGAGAGCGGGGUCACAUCGCGCGUACGUGCAGACGAUCGCGCGAAGGCACGCAGACUAACGAAGCAAACGCUCGCGCUGGCCCCGAGCGACAUCUAUCAACAUCCUAAACAGCAAAACCCUCUCGAGGGCCCGCGUGCAAGCGUGCGCGCCUUCGCAACCCAGCGCCCGGGUCCCAGUGCUUAUCGAUCGAAAGUGUCUACCAUUGCACAUUCAGCCCCCGUUGCCUUAGCGUUCCGGUUGCAUGUUGGGCCAGACCUUCCUUAAGCGAGAUACUCUACACGCACCAACACUCUACACAAUCAAACAGCACCAAAAAAGUCCCCGAAACCGCACACACCGUUCCUGCCAUUACCCGGGAAUACACGUGCACAAGCACUGCGAGAAAGACGACAGGGAGAUGGAACACACGUCACAGCAGUACCCGGAAAUGGAGCAGGUCCACGAGCCGGUCUCUACCGGUAGUUGCUGCCGCAGCAAUAGCAGUGCACCGCUAGCAUCCGCGAUGAAGAAUCUUGCGAUCCAGCCACACCAACAAACGGCACCGCUGGGUCUGGGGAAAAAGCGUGCCGGACGGGGCGCUGUCCUGAGCGGGCUCACCCACGAGUGCGGUGUGUUCGGUGCGAUUGCGACGGGCGAAUGGCCGACGCAGAUUGACGUAGCGCAGGUCAUCUGUCUCGGGCUGGUGGCGCUGCAACACCGCGGCCAGGAGUCGGCCGGUAUCGUGACCAGCGAGGGUCACUGUGCGAAAAACUUUAACGUGCACAAGGGCAUGGGUAUGAUCAACAACAUCUUCACGGACGAUUCGAUGAAGAAGCUGAAGGGUAAUCUCGGCAUCGGGCAUACGCGCUAUUCGACGUCGGCUGCGUCGGAGGAGGUCAACUGUCAGCCGUUCGUGGUGCAUACGGCGCACGGUGCGCUCGCGCUAGCACACAACGGUGAGCUAGUGAACUGUGAUAGCCUGCGGAAGGAUGUGCUGUCACGCGGUGUCGGACUGUCGACGCACAGUGACUCGGAGCUGAUCACGCAGGCGCUUUGUUUGAACCCACCCGAGGGCGAGGUGGAUGGACCGGACUGGCCGGCGCGCAUCAAGCAUCUGAUGCAGCUCGCACCGCUUUCCUACUCGCUCGUGAUCAUGCUCAAGGACAAAAUCUACGGUGUACGCGACCCGUACGGCAAUCGGCCAUUAUGCAUUGGCAAGAUCGUACCGCUUACGAUCGGCGCGUACCGUCACGAAAAGGUCGACAAACUGCCGGCAGAAGGGUGGGUGAUAUCGAGUGAGAGCUGCGGCUUCCUCUCGAUCGGUGCUCGGUACGUCCGGGAGGUACAGCCCGGUGAGAUUGUGGAGCUGACGCGUGACGGCAUCAAAACGAUCGACAUCGUCGACUGUCCGGAGAAUCGACGCCAUGCGUUCUGCAUUUUCGAGUACGUGUACUUCGCCCGGUCCGACUCCAUCUUCGAGGGGCAGAUGGUGUACUCGGUGCGUUUGCAGUGCGGCCGUCAGCUGGCACGUGAAGCCGGUGUCGAUGCAGACAUUGUCAGUUCCGUGCCGGAGUCCGGUACGGCAGCAGCACACGGCUUUGCCCGAGAGGCUAAUCUCAACUUUGCGGAGGUGUUGUGCAAAAACCGGUACGUUGGUCGCACGUUCAUUCAACCGUCGACACGGCUUCGGCAGCUCGGUGUGGCGAAAAAGUUUGGCGCGCUGUCGGAGAACGUUGCCGGCAAACGGUUGGUCCUGAUCGACGAUUCCAUCGUGCGGGGCAACACGAUUGGUCCGAUCAUUAAGCUGUUACGCGAUGCCGGUGCGCUAGAGGUCCACAUCCGGAUAGCAAGCCCGCCACUGCUGUACCCGUGCUACAUGGGUAUUAACAUUCCGACGCGCGAGGAGCUAAUCGCGAACAAGCUGAACGCAGAGGAGCUGGCAAAGUAUGUCGGUGCGGACAGCUUAGCAUACCUAAGCGUGGAUGGUUUAAAAAAGGCGGUACAGCUAAACAUGGCGGCUAAGAAACCGGAACAGGUUGGGCACUGUACCGCCUGUCUGACCGGCGACUACCCGGGCGGGCUACCGGAUGAGCUGGACUGGUAGAGACCACAUGCUAUUUGUUUUGGGUGGUUAUAUAUAUAUAUAAAUAUAUAUAUAUACAUACAUUUUUUUGCAUUUACAAUGUAAGAACAUAGUGACGUAAUCUAAUCGUACGAUCUGAGCUGAACAAUAAAUAAUGAGACUUUAGUUUAAUGAGUCACAA